AAGAAAGUUUUACUUUAAUGCCAGGCUUCCAAAGAAAAAUCUAACUAUAGAGCAAGACCUAUGGGGAAAGUAUAAGUCUCACUCCACAACACUAGUCCCUCAAAAUCCGACACAGUAUCCAAGAUGAAAACUCAUUUCGACAUGUGAUUGCUUAUUUAUACAAAGUGUCAUCGUGCACGGAUCUGUUUGAUCUGCCGCUAACUCGGGCGCUAAUCUUCUCUUCCUUGAAAGCUUCUCACUGGAUGUAUUCUCACAAGAUUAAGUCCAGAUCGAGCUAGUGAAUUCUGCUGUAUUCCUCAGCUGGAGCAGGUUUUUAUAGCGAACAUUUCCAAUAAACUGAACUUUAAUCCUGUAAAACAGACAGGAUAAAUCAUUUCCUAUCGACUGGCCUGUUUAAUAGGAUUUUUGUGCUGUUUACGACUGACCAUGCAAUUCUAGUUUACUUUAAUAAAGAAGAAGCUAUCAGAAUCAUUUAUUGAAGAGGGCUUUGUCCACAACAGUUAUGCCUAAUCCACUACACUCGAUGCUACAAUUAACUGUCUUGUUUUAAAGGAAUUCUUAAUGAUAAAGGAAGUACAUUUUUUAUACGUAACAAUUGUGAUGGAAAGUCUCAUUACAUCGUGGAACUGAUGUAAGAUAAAGAAUUCAUUAAACGUAUCCAUCGAUUUUAACACUGUUUGGGAAUAUCGGCUCACUGUUGAUAAAACCGUGUCUUCUAUUGAAGGAUCGCUAGUUUACGGCAUUAUUUCCGAUCUCUAUACUUACUUCACUUAGGAGAGCCAUAAAUCAGUGUGCAUUUAAUUUACAAUUUAUCAUUUAUGACCAAAUAGGCUGAACUAUAGCAAAAGUGUUACUUGGGGAAGAUUUGCCAAAUAGAUACCAUGAGUUUAGAAAUUCCGGAUGGGUUAGGAGAUCUCCUGCGUGAUUUUACAGUAGCUGUCUUGCGUGAUAAGCCGAAUGAUCUCUACGAUUUUGCAGUGGAUUAUUUCUCCAAGGUUAAGGAAACCAGGAAACCUAAAUCUAUUCCAAUGUAUGUGAUUGUGGACGAAGACGAUGAAGGGGCAGGGGAACCAGAUAAGGAACAAUUUAAACCUAAAACUAGAAAGUAUAAUCGUUAUGCCAGACGUCAGUCGGUGUCCGCCGAAAGGUACGAUCCAGAAGCAGAUGACGAUGAUGAAGAUAAGGUUAUUUAUCCGAAAACAGACGAACAACGAGAGCGUCUGACAGAGGCUGUGUGUGGCAUUCUACUCUUCAGAUGUUUAGAACCAGAACAGAUGCAAGAUGUCAUCGACGCCAUGUUUGAGAAGUCGGUGAAACCCGGUGAGUAUGUUAUUCACCAGGGGGAUGAUGGAGACAAUUUUUACGUCAUAGAUCAUGGUCUUUAUGAUGUUCUAGUCAAUGUAAAUGGUCAAGAGAAAAAAAUUCAUCGUUUUGACAAUAAAGGGAGUUUUGGAGAACUAGCCUUGAUGUACAACAUGCCACGUUCUGCGUCCAUCGUUGCUGUAUCAGAUGGUGUUUUAUGGGCUAUGGAUAGAAACUCAUUCCGUAGGAUAAUAUUGCGAAGUGCGUUUAAAAAGCGAAAAAUGUAUGAAGAACUUCUAGAAAAUGUCACGAUGCUGAAAUCCUUAGAACCAUAUGAACGUAUGAAUCUUGCAGACGCAUUGGUGACCAGAAACUAUCAUGACGGAGAAACAAUCAUAGCUCAAGGUGAUGAAGCUGAUGGUAUGUAUUUCGUGGAAUCUGGGAUGAUAAGAGUUACUAUAAAUCACCCAGAUGGGGGUGAAGAGGAAGUAGGGCGCCAUGGCGCCGGAAAGUACUUCGGAGAGCUCGCUCUUAUAGAAAACAAACCAAGAUCAGCCAAUGUAUACGCCAUAGGUAAAGUAAAAGUUGCAUUUUUAGAACGUGACUCUUUUGAAAGACUCUUAGGACCAUGCCUUGACAUUAUGAAAAGAAAUUCAGAAAUAUAUAAGAACUAUACGGAAACAUCUUGAAGUAUUCAAUGUAUAAGAGAAAUUCAUAUUUAUAAUCUUACAGUUGAUAAUGGCAACGAUGAAAAUUUCAUGAAGAAUCACCAAGGUUACCAUUUCCAGGGAUAUCUAUACCAUACCGUCAAAUCUGUAGUUGCACACUGGUUCUUUAAAUAACCAUUGACUUUAUUGCAGAAAACCAUCAUGCAUUUAUGUAGAGAUGAUACAAUACAAUUCUAGCAGAAUAAUGAAUAACUAGCUUGAAUUUUCGCCCUUCCUCUCUGUUGUUGAUAUUCUUAUUUUCUGCAACAUAAGCGUUCCCUUUUAACGGCUGGGGAAAACGAUGUGGUAUACUUGAUAAUAAUGACUAGAGCACUUCGAAUUGAACUUUUUUCCAAUCAUCGUCCUAAUUGAAGUAGAGUAUGUAUUGAUUUUGUAUCAUUCUUUCUCCCCCUAUAAAGUAUUCAUGCGUUGCAUCCGACAGUCAACGUUACGGUGCUUCAAGGUGUUAUUAAUUGAUAAUUAAUUUGAAUUUGUGAAUGACUGCAUAUCAAUAAAUUAUUUUAUGUUAACAUUUUAAGUCUAACUGUCAAUAAAUAAACUGUUGUCACUGUGGAAAUUUUU